CGUUGGUUAGGUCGCCAAGAUGGCGUCCUCCGCCUCCUCUCGGACCCCGGCGGGGAAGCGGGUGGUGAAUCAGGAAGAACUGCGGCGGUUGAUGAAGGAGAAGCAGCGUCUGAGCACCAACCGGAAGCGGAUAGAAUCUCCAUUCGCGAAGUACAAUCGUUUGGGGCAACUGAGUUGUGCCCUGUGUAACACUCCGGUUAAGAGCGAGCUCCUGUGGCAGACUCACGUCCUGGGAAAGCAGCACCGAGAGAAAGUGGCCGAGCUGAAAGGUGCGAAAGAAGCCAGCCAAGGUUCGUCCGCCAGCUCAGCGCUCCAGAUCGCCAAGAGGAAGGCGUCAGAUACAGACGUCCAAGAUUCCAAGAGAACGAAGGCCUGCUCGGUUGGUCAGGUACAGCCCUCCACGUCCGCUUUGCUCACCAACUUUGACAAAACAGUAAAGGAGCCCACUAGAGCGACCUCCAGUAAGCCUUCGGGACUGGGUUUACUCCCCGAUUAUGAGGAUGAGGAUGAGGAUGAGGACGAGGACGAGGACCAGGACGAGGAGGAGGGUGGAGAACGAAAAAGGGGGGACGCCAGCAAGCAGCCACUCGGUGCGCAGGGCAAGGACCAUUCACUUUCCUCCUCGCGGGAGGUAACAAAUAGUGUGCUGCCAAACGACUUCUUUAGUACAAAUCCUCCCAAAGCCCCCUUAAUUCCUCAUUCAGGAUCAAUUGAGAAAGCAGAAAUACAUGAAAAAAUAGUGCAGAGGAGAGAAAACACCGCGGAAGCAUUACCGGAAGGAUUUUUUGACGACCCUGAGAUUGAUGCAAGGGUACGAAAGGUUGAUGCCCCAAAGGAUCAGAUGGACAAAGAAUGGGACGAAUUUCAAAAAGCCAUGAGGCAGGUCAACACUAUUUCUGAAGCCAUAGUUGCUGAAGAGGAUGAAGAGGGACGGUUGGACCGCCAGAUUGGGGAGAUCGAUGAGCAGAUAGAGUGUUACCGUCGGGUGGAAAAGCUGUGGAAUCGCCAGGAUGAAAUAAAUAAGCUUAAAGAGAUUCUGACCAUAAAAGAACUGCAGAAAAAAGAAGAGGAGAAUGCUGACAGCGAUGAUGAGGGAGAACUACAGGAUUUGUUGUCUCAGGAUUGGAGGGUGAAGGGGGCUUUGUUAUAAUGUUUUAAAGACCCCAAAUUUGGGAUUUUAACAACUUCUGGUAUUGUAAAAAAAAGUGCUGUUUCUCAGUAUAUUUGUUACUUCGUGCCUAACGAUUUGGAUAUCUAAUUGGAUUGUUGAGAUAAAAUGAGUCAGAGAGCUACAGCUCUUUGGAAAAUUGGUGUAAAAUAUUUUUGAGGUAAAGGUUUUUCUAGAAAUUUUUGAAGUGUUAACAUGCAAAAUGACAACUUUUACACACAUUAACAUGCUUAACUGUAUAUUUUUGAGUUGUGAGUACUGUACAUAGUUAAAUAUAUAUUUACUUAAGUAAUUCAGUGUUGAAAGUUUUUAAUUAAUAGAAGUUAGACCAGUAGACUGUUAAAUUAAUAGUGCGCUAUUCGAGAUGUGUAUGUAUUUUUCUAAAUCAAACUCAAAAGGUUGAUUUUCUUUUUUGUUUAUUUAUAGUACCACUCAAACACAUAAAUCACUAUAGGUUUAUCAGUUCUUUUCUGGAGGAUUUUCAAAAACAUGCUUUAGGAGAACAUCAAGAAAUUUGUAUGCCAAACAUGACAAACUUACUUAACCCAAAGUUUUCUUGACUAGCCCAGUGAUUGUCAGCUGUAGAUGCACAUGAAGAUCCCCUAUUAAACUCUGAAAAAACUUAAGGUGCCUGAGGCCUCUAAGGUGGGACCUAGGCAGCUGUAUUAUUUGUGAAAUCUCUCAGGUUAUUCUAAUACAAGUAUAUGCCAAAGUUGGAGAGUAACUGCCCUAAAUCCAGGGC